AAGAAAGGAUGGCUCGAUGUGCUUCCUGUUCGUUCCCACGCGAAAAGCAUGGGAAACAAACACUACAAGGAAAGGCUUUCUGCUUAUGUGUUAGGCAUGAACUGUUCUACGUAACAAAACGCGAUUUUAGCUCAGCCAGGAGCUCAGGGCGCCAAACUACAGGAUAAGUGGAGGGAAGUCAGAAAAGGCAUGAGAUGGGUAGUCAGCAGAUGAAGGAGAAAUGCUCAGAGGGAUGGAGCUUCCAGAGAAAUGGAGGAGCCGGCUCACUUCAGGAGAAGUUCAAGAAUGAGCACAACAGGUUUGCUGUCAGAUUUUAGUGCUGGCUGCAGCUCGUGGGCAGUAAUGGGACCAGCAAUGUGUAGCAAACAAGUAGAUGUCAGUGGCCAUCCACAGCUGGAUAACAACCCUGGGAUUUCCAAGCAAAAUGAUGGUCCAACACUCAGGCCAGGUGUCUGCAUUAGAAGUCAGCGCCUCCGCAAUUGUUCCCACUUUGUCCCCUGCAGGGUCACUGGGGUUUGAUGAUUUCACAAAUUUAACCCCCCUGGUGAAGGAGGAACUGAGGUUUGCCAUUCAGAACAAGCGUCAGUUCCACAGGAUGUCUUCCACUUUGGACACAGUGACUGUUUCUGAAAGGCCAGUUGAAACAGCAGUGCUGAAAACAGAGUUUUCUCCUGAAGAGGAUGAAAGAAAAAAGAGAAGAAGGGAAAGGAAUAAAAUUGCUGCGGCAAAGUGCCGAAACAAAAAGAAGGAAAAAACAGAAUGUUUGCAAAAAGAGUCAGAGAAGCUGGAAACGAUCAACGCAGAAUUGAAAGCCCAGAUUGAGGAGCUGAAGAAUGAGAAGCAGCAUUUGAUAUACAUGCUAAAUCUGCACAGGCCCACGUGUAUAGUCCGUGCACAGAACGGAAGGACACCUGAAGAUGAAAGAAAUCUUUUUAUUCAACAGAUCAAAGAAGGCACAUUACAAGGUUAAGUGACACGGCAAGCGUGGAAGUAUUUAUAAUGUUUUUAACAGCUACCAGAAUCCGUGGGGGAGUCUGACAUAAUGUGUAGGAUUCUAUUAGUCAAGAGCCUUUAGGAAGGGCAGAUUGCUUUCAUGAGUGGAAAGAAUCAUUUUGGCUUGACAGCGAUUCUUGCCCCGGGAAGAUCUGGUCUCAAUCAAAUUGAAGAGCCUUCUGCCUCAAAUGUAGGGUUUGCACCUGUCAUACUUGCUGUCCCUAGGAGCUACAGACAACAGCUUCUGAAGUUUUAGCUCUCUGCUAGUAUACAGUAUCUGCACUCACCAGGUUUGUGCUAGAACACUAUGACUUCCAGCGAUGCACGUGGUACAGACAGCUGUGCUGGAUGGACACUACUCUCCCUUGUUGCUGGUAGGGAAAGAAGACUGAGUAUUUUUGAAUUUCCAGGAGGAUGGUUUCUGGCAGAAUGUACUGAUGUGUAAUGUUGCAUUCUAACCUAACACACACACAAAAAACCCCUGUAGUUCCAACCAAGCUUUGUAAUUUUUUUCACAACACUCAUGUGGGUUUUUUCUGUGACUCAUCUCAGUGGCUGAAUUUGAAGGGUCUAGUAAGUGUGACAAAGAAAUGUUUCUUGCAAAAUAUCUAUGUAGCCUAGCUUGUAUUUUAUGAGCUAUCACCCCAGAUACUACCCCCUGGGGACUACAGUUUUCCCUUGAAUUGCUGAAGAACAGCUUGUACCAUCACUUACUGACCUGGUGAAUUGAACCCACUGAACUGGAAAGAGGAAAAUAACUGUGCAGGGGUAUUGAUAGAGGUUUUGCUCAAGUAAAGAACUGCAGGAGUGAAUUCCAGACUCCUGAACCUUGAUUUUUUUUUUUUAAUUCAUCUAGGAUCUAAUCCUACAAGCCUUAAUUCCUGCUAUUACCCCUCAGUCACAGAAGAGGUUCCAUGGAUUUCAGUGGGCCUGCUCAUGCAGAUAGCUCUUACAGGCAUAAGAACGUGACAAAGCUUUUUCCAUCCGGGUCAGGAUUACUUCCUUUUGCCAGGUGACUCAGAGGGGAAAAUUAUGAUGGUAGCUACUUUUGUUUUACAUUUGAGUGGCAACUACAGUCGAUCAAAAGUGUUACUUGGAAUCUAAAGGAGGCAAGAGUUUUGAUGUAGUGAAUAAUUGUUUAAUUUUUUAUUAAAUACUAACCUUGGAUGUUUUUGAACUGGUAGAAGAGCUGCUGGACAAAACAGUUGGAGCUAUGAGUGUUGAAAUUCUGAUGUUUCUGUGAAAUUCUCAGAUUGUUUAUUUCUAUAAAAUAUACCCUUACAAUUUUUUUGUAAAAGAAAAUAUUAUCCUUAUUUAUCACUAAUACCAUAAUAAGCAGAGCUAAUAAAUACUGCGA